GGGGCCACAAAAGAAACCCGUCACUGUAGAUGACAAUCCUCCACCACAACCCAGAUGUCCUGCAAGCGCCGGCGGCGCGCGGUGAUGACGUCACGAGGUGCGGGCCGGACGUCGUCGUUGAGGGCGUAGUAAAACCAGGUUUGCUUCAGAUCUGGUGGUCGCCCAUCUACCCCUUUCAGAAGGUACACGGUUUUUCUUGGGCUCGUGGUGGAACCAGGUCUGGAAGAUGGACAUCCGAGUGCCAAGUCGGGAUGACAAAACAGCCAACGUGAAAGAGUUGGAGUCACUGUGGUACCCGUGAGGAAUAACAUUAGAGAACAGUUGGUUCAUCAGAACCAAACUACAUGACUAGUGUCUCUGAGUAGCCCGACACUAAAGGUCACCAGACACUAAGGGUCCUGAAGCUCUCCACCGUCUUGAGCUUGUGGCAUCGGUUUAUUGUGAGCCCUAGAGGUGUGCUGCUGUGCAGGCUGCAGGACUCUCUCCAAAGUUACUCAGGAUAACCACAAAAACUUACAUGCUGCCUUUAGAGGACUUUGCCACAUUGGGCCCCUAGCAUCAUUUUGACAGAUCUUUUCCUUCCCCUUUCCUAUUUUUUUCCUGAGUUAAUUGUCUUUUACCAUACCUCAUGGGUUGCAUUGGUCAGUUUAAUUCCCUGUCUCCUCCUAGGGCUAUCCAGCAUGUAGGCAGGGGUCUGCAAGGGACACAAUUUGCAGCUGGGCGACCAGCCUCCGAAGCUCAUCGCAAGUAAUGGCCUGCAAAUAUCGUUAUCAAGCACUAGAAAACAGGGAACCCAUGCAACUGGAGCCUAUAGGAUUUCCAAAGAGGAAGCUCUAGCCACUUUACAAAGGUCGGAUGACCUUCAGUCAGCCAGUGAGCUCUGGCAAUGGCGGAGGAGUGGGCAUUGUCUGAAGAAAGGGCUGUUGAGUUUUUCUGCUUCAUCUCUAGUGAAGUCCUCUUGUAUAGUCGUGCUGUCAGAGUCCUCUAGGUACUGCUGAGUGAUUUAUUAUAAAUCAGUGAGCUCCAGCACAGGGUACUCAGCCUAGGGGACAGGUGAUGGGGGCAUCACACACCUGGUGGUAGGUUUGCUUUGAGUCUGUGAUGCUCUGAGACCUCAGAUGUGUCUUCCAUUCUCCACUGAAUCGAUCACUAAGUCUUAAGACUCAUUUUCACUGUUUGAGGUUCUGUCUGUUGUCCCAGUUAGGGAACCAGAAAUAUCUUUGAAUACAGUGAUGAUGAAGAGAUUUUAAAUAUGUCUUAAAUAUGUUGCAGGUUGGAGAAUGGAGGGAGAAAAGAUAGGGCCAUUUAUCUAUUUACUUAUUCAUUUUUGGUUUUUGAGACAGGGUCUCACUAUGCAUCUCUGGUUGUCGUGGAACUCUUGUGUAGAGCAGGCUUACUUGGAACUCAAGAGAUAACACCACCUCUCUCUGCCUCCCAAGUGCUGAGAUUAAAGGUGUGAGCUACCAUGCCCUGCAUAUAAGGCCAUUUUUUAACUGACAACUCUUAAGCCAGAAAAGGAGGAGGAGAAAGAACUUCUUAGGGACAGUGUGGCUUCUCUUGAUGUCUUUAGACCAGUGGUGUUAUAACGAGGGUUACCUAGAGCUCAGUGUAGUAUUGAGGAACAUUCAAACUCCUAAUUUUUUUUUUUUUUUAGCUUCAAUGGGGUAGUAUUUCAGAUGGUAUCUUGAGGUUUCCAAGGAUACUGGAGACUCAAAUAUCAUCUCACACUAUGCUGUCUGAGACAAGGGAAAGUAAUCCCAGCAUUUGGAAGCUAGAAGCAGGUGGAUCAGAAUUUCAAGGGCUACACAGCAAGUUUGAGACUAGCCUGAGGUACAUGAGACUUAGUCUCAGGAAGGAAGAAAAAGACAAACCUUGAAACUAAGAAAGACUCUUCCUUCUGAAACCUUUAAAUAAAAGACCAAGUUUGUGCCUGGACUACCAUUCCCUGAAAUCUCAUCCUGCUGACCCGGAAGGCCUACCUAGCAGAGGUUCCAGGCACUUCAAUGUGUGGUUGGCUUCCUCUGGGCCUUGUCAUGGCCCUGUCAGUGUGAGGGUACUUAUGGCUGCCAAGGGCCAUAAGGUUUUGUUUUGUCUUCAUUUGCAAUAAGGUUUCACUGUGGAGGGCAGGGGAGCCUGCAUCUCACUAUAUAGCUGAGGGUAGCCUCAAACUUGUGAUCUUCCUGCCUUAGCCUCUUUGGUGCUGGGUCUGUCUCUAGUCAUGAAUCAUCAUACCUGGAUAAGAAAGGAGAACUUUUAUAGACAUAGGUGAGGUAUAAUUAUUGCAGUCGUGGAAAACAGAAUGAAGUCCCUCAAAAAGUCUAUUUGGCAGCUGGGUGUGGUGGUGCAUGCCUUUAAUCCUAGCGCUCAGGAGGCAGAGGCAGAAAGAUCUCUAUGAGUUCGAGGCCAGCCUGGUCUACAAAGUUACAGGACAGCCAGGGCUGUUACACAGAGAAAUCCUGUCGUGGGGGGAAAAAAGGUCGAUUUGGCAUAUGACCCUGUUUAGCCUCACUGCUGAGUACAUACCCAAAGGGGAAGGAGGUCUGAAGUGACACCUGCACAUGUUUGCUGGGGCACUACUCACAGCUAAGGGAGGGGGAAGAAGUCUCAAGAACAGAAAAGGGAGUGGUGGUGCUACAGCCAAAUGCUUGCUGCUCUUGUACAGGACCAGAGUUCAGUGGACUGGUGACACACAUCUGCUUGUAACUGCAGCUCUCGAGGAUCGAUGCCCUGUCUGACCUCUGCAUGGCAGGACCUAGGCCAGUAGUGCUGAGCGGGCCAUCAGGGGCAGGGAAGAGCACUCUGCUCAAGAAGUUGUUCCAGGAACAUGGCAGUGUCUUUGGCUUCAGCGUAUCCCACACUACAAGGAACCCACGACCUGGCGAAGAAGAUGGCAAAGAUUACUACUUUGUGACCAGGGAGAUGAUGCAGCGUGAUAUUGCAGCAGGGGACUUCAUUGAGCAUGCUGAGUUCUCAGGGAACCUGUAUGGGACAAGGUCUUUGCUGGGAUCCACUGGACUUCUGCCCUUCCCUGCUCCCAGCAAGGAAGCCGUCCGGGCUGUGCAGGCCAUGAACCGCAUCUGCGUGCUAGAUGUCGACCUACAAGGAGUGCGCAGCAUCAAGAAGACUGAUCUGCAUCCCAUCUACAUCUCUGUGCAGCCUCCCUCGAUGGACGUGCUGGAGCAACGACUGCGGCAGCGCAACACUGAGACUGAGGAGAGCCUGGCAAAGCGGCUGGCAGCUGCACAGGCAGACAUGGAGAGCAGCAAGGAGCCUGGCUUGUUUGACCUGGUGAUCGUCAAUGACAACCUGGAUGAAGCCUAUGUUACACUGAAGCAGGCACUGUCUGAGGAAAUCAAGAAAGCUGAGGGAACUGAACAUGCCUGAGGGCCUGCUUUAUUCCACAGAGUGAUGCCUGUGGUCUAAAUCUGCCUGGAUUAUGAGGUGGGGGGAACUUUGCCAGGGCACCAAGGACUUGUAGUAGGCUUCCACUGUGGAGUAGAAGGAGCUACCCCUUGUCUGGCCACAAGGUGGCUCUGCACCCUGGGCUGGCUUGCUGAGGCCCAAUGACUCCGAAGAAGAGUACCCACAUCUAUUCUCCCUGGGCUAUUUGUGUUCCUCUCCGUUCCUCCUGCUGGAGCGGGACUGACAUUCUAAUAAAGUAAUUACUGAGUUGUAGUGUCA